AAACCUAUUCCGAGACGAGCAGUGAUAUGGUUACAGUCUGGCCUUGGCCAAUCGUUUUGAGUUUAAUACACUAAUUCUGCAUUUGCAUUGUCACUUGCAGAAUGAUAGUGAGUAUACAAUACUUUAGAAGCAAUCUUCAGAAAUACAUGGAGAAACAGUUUCUCAACAUAACCUGGAGAAUGAACGAGAGCCAGACGGACUCAGACAAGCUGCUGGAAGAGGGAGGGGAGGAGAGGCCAUAACCACACAUGGCGCUCAAUGAGUAAUUCUAUCUGAACUUUAUCAGAAUCCAGCUAGAAGGCAGCACAGAAACCAUCCCCACAACAUUCAACAGAAUGGCAGUAAAAGAAAAUGGGCAGUACAUUUGGAGCAGAUGCUUUACUGACAAUGACCUUCCCUGCUCUACCUACAAUCGUCGCAUCCCUCCAUUGACUGGCCCCUUCUAGCAAGUAUGAAACUUUAGUGCCAGCUUUCGGCAGUUGUCCUCUAGGACAAAUCGCCUCAUCUUGUUCAUCCGAAUUACUGUGUCCAUCUUCAAAUAUCCUGUCAACCUCAGCAACCUGGUCCUCACCAUCAUGCAACAUAUGGGUAUGCAAAGUUUUGGCUUUGGAGUCCCUAAACUUCAGCUAGUGUUGAAGGUGAAGAUCAAUCUCACUAUUGCAGACUGUUUGACACCGACAGUUCAGCAAGUUUAGGCAUGUUCCAGAGAUGCCAAAUGACUUCGUUUUGCGUGUUUCCUACGCUAUCCAACAAGUGAUAGGUUGAACUUAACUGUGGAUUAAUAUGGUUCGACGUAGACUUUGGACCAUGAAGAAAGUUUUCUUCUUCACAAGUGUCACAGUCCUCUGCCUGUACAUGGUAUUCUAUAAGAUGUGCUGUCAGAAAGGAAACCUGUUCCUCACAAAUAGAUCGAACAGCACAGAGACCAAGAGGCUCGAAUAUAAUUUGAUUCAGUGGGCCAUUCAGGAGAUAGUGCGAGAUAAGAAGGUUAUUGUUGGGCCAAAUCAAGAAGAUGUCACCCAAGAUUCUUUUCCGAAAACCAUUGAGGCAGCACAAAACCAUCAGUUAAGUUCUGGAGUUAUUUUGAAGACAAGUGACAGCAGAGUCAAUGGGUCCAGCAAUUCAGAAAUUCAGUUUAAAGAAACAGCUGUUUCGAAGGAUCUUCUGCCCACCUCUAUGGUUAAUAGGUAUUUAUCCAGGGUACGACAAUUAAAGGAACCAACAAUCGUUCACAACACAGCAGCAAAAUCCACAAAGAUAAAGCUCACGUUGAAAAAUCAAUGGAAUUCAUGGAUGAUUUGGAAUGAAGAAAGCUCUUCGAACAACCUCAACAGGCGUCUACAGACCGUUAAAAACAGUUAUAUGUCUAUGAAUAAGUAUGCUGUGAACUUCACUGGAACAAGGAAGUUAAAGAAGCUCAGCAGCAAAGAACUGUUAUGUGAACUGAAACAGAGGGUCCAGGUGAUGUCUAUUGAAUAUGGAGAUGAGGCCUUCACGACAUCUGACUGGCAAGAGUACAUACCAAACAAGACUCUUACCCAAGCACUUGGCCCAUUCAAGAUGUGUGCUGUUGUGGCAUCAGCUGGCUCUAUCCUCCGAUCAAAGCUGGGAAUGGAAAUAGAUGCCCAUGAUGCUGUUCUGAGGUUCAAUGGGGCACCUACCAUAGGAUUUGAGUCUGAUGUGGGGAGACGCACAACAAUUCGGAUAGUUAAUUCACAGGUCAUGUCGAGGCAAGAGCUGAAGUUUCAUGAUAACAAUUUAUACAGAACAGGCACCUUAUUAGUGUGGGAUCCAGCACCGUAUUCAGCUAAUCUUACUGAGUGGUUCAAACAUCCAGACUAUAAUUUCUUUGAAAAUUACAAAAGAUAUCGUAAAGAUAAUCCAAACCAGCUUUUCUACAUAAUAAACCCCAAGAUGCAAUGGCAGCUUUGGGACAUCUUGCAGGAGAACACAGCUGAAGACAUCCAGCGCAAUCCUCCGUCCUCUGGGAUGAUGGGUAUCCUAUUAAUGAUGACCAUUUGCGACCAAACGGAUGUUUAUGAAUUUCUGCCCUCAAAGAGACAAACAGAUCUCUGCCAUUAUUACGAAAAGUUCCAAGAUCAGGCCUGUACGAUAGGUGCUUACCACCCCUUGAUGUUUGAAAAAAACCUGGUGAAACGCAUAAACCAGGGUUCAGAUGAAGAGAUCUACAUGAAAGGCAAAGUCACAUUACCAGGAUUUGGAACAUUCCAGUGUCCUAAGACAUGAGUUAAAGAAAACUUUCACUGAAGAUCUAUGUUCUCUGGAACCUGCUUCAAAAGAAGGAAGCUUUGGCCAAACAAUGCCAAGGUUAUUGUUUCAGCCUUCCACCUGAACAACUCGAAGACCGGGGAAGAACUUCAUGUCCAACCACUCACCCAUGACCAAAUGCCAACAUACCUUGCCAUCACCCUUGACUGUAUAUUGACCUAUUGGCAACAUCUUCAAAACACUGGAGCCAAGGUCAAGAUGAGAGUAAAUCUCAUCUGAAAACUGGUGGGUACCACCUGGGCAGCAGAGCCACCAUACUAAGCACUGCUUCACUCACCGUGGUCUACCCAACAGCAGAGUAAUGCUGCUCAGUCUCAGGAACUGCCACAAAAACAUGGUAGAUAUCCACCUCCGAGAAGUCAUGAGGAUUAUUUCUGGGAUGUUGAGACCAACACAGCUCAAGUGGCUUCCUGUGCAAGAACACAUUGAAUCUCCUGAUGUCCAAAGGAAAUAAUCCUUCUCCAUAAAACAUAGGAGCAGAAGUAGGCCAUUCAGCCCAUCGAAUCUGCUCCGCCAUUCAAUAAGAUCAUGGCUGAAAUGAUAACCCUCAACUCCACUUUCCUGCC